AUGGCUUAUUACGACAAACACGCUUAUAAACAACAAGAAAAAUACUACGAACACCAAAGAGACAUGCAAAAAGAUAUGAUGAAACAUCAAUAUGAGGCUCAGAAGGAUGCUAUGAAAUACGGGUGCGCACCAGGUAUGGCUCCUAUGGGGUAUCCACCUAUGGGAUGUGCUCCUGGGAUGGCCCCUAUGGGUGCUUAUCCUCCUAUGGGUGCACCGGGAAUGGUUCCAGGUAUGGCUCCUAUGGGUUGCCCACCAAUGGGUGCUCCUGUUUAUCCACCUAUGGGCGCACCAGGAAUGGCUCCGAUGGGUUACCCAGGCUCAAUGGGAAUGGGUGGAUAUCCCAAUGGUGCUUUCUAA